AAACGACAAUGGUGCAUCGGUUUUUAGAAAGAGAAGAUUCGCCGAAACCGACUAUUGUGAUGGAUUAUUAUUAUGGAAGAAAAGCAGGAAAAAGUUUGGUGAAGGACAUCGUACAUAUAUGGGAAGUCGCAUCUUUAAAUAGUCACAUAAUACGUAGCGCUCUGUCAGGAUGUUCUUUAAGUCAUUUGCCACAUCACACGACGAUCAUGAUAAUGUUAGAUCUGAGAAAACCUGCGAUCCUAUGGAAUUAUUUGGAAGAGUGCCUGACAAUCUUGAGUAACGUCCUGAAGGAGAGCUACCCUCCGGAUGUCAUGGAGAAAUUAAAGGAGCGCAAGCUGAAUAGUCUGAGGGAGCAGAUGAAAGGGAAAGGGAGCGAGAUGGAAUCGGUCGCGGAUCUUUUUCCUCUGAGACUCUGCCUCAUUGGCGGUAGGUACGACAAUUUCCGGGAUUUCGAAGGCGUCGACAGAGAAUUCAUAGGACAAAUAUUGAGGGCGGUGGCUCACGUGCUUGGGGCCACUUUGCAUUAUCACUCGGCCAAGGACUCGCAGUUGCUAAGGAAGACGAAGGAGCUUCUCGGUCUUUAUGGAUUCAAAGGAGAAUUCACGAAGACAAGCAUGACGGAUUACAACAAACCGCUCUACGUGGCAGCGGGUAGCGACUCUUUAGCCGCGAUCGACCUGGAAUACCGCGGGGCCGGGUCUCGGCUGGCCUUGAGCGUCAUUAAGGAGAUAUACGUGGCGCGCUUCCCCCAGAGCCCGAAGAGGCAGGCGAGCUUCGAGGACUCGAGCGACGACCCGAACUUCGACGAGCCGAUCAUCGAUCGACUGCGACUCCAGCGUGAGCAGGAAAUCAGCGUCUCCCUGCGCGAUAUGAUGGAGGGGCCGGCAACCAAUAUUCCAAUCCCAGAGCCAUUCUAAUGCGAGCGCAGUACAACAAUUGCCAAGACU